CCGCAGGCCCCGCGGAGGCGCCAACUGGGUGCGGGUGCGGUGCGCGCGCUGCGGCCUUUGACCGCGCGGCCGCGUAGCGGACACGGUGCGCACCAGCUCCGGGCAGCCGGGGGAGCUCACGCAGCCCGAGACCAUGCCCCAUGAAAAGAGUUUCUUGGUAUCUGGGGACAACUAUCCUCCCCCCAAUCCUGGAUAUCCUGGGGGUCCCCAACCCUCCAUGCCUCCCUACCCUGGAGCCCCAUACCCCGGUUUCCAGCCUUCUGCCUAUGGCCAGCCUGGGUAUCCCCAAGGCCCCGGCCCCUACCCCCCAGGAGGGUACCCUCAGGGCCCCUAUCCCCCCGGGGGGUACCCCCAGGGCCCCUACCCCCAAGAAGGAUACCCCCAGGGCCCUUACCCACAGAGUCCAUUCCCCCCCAAUCCCUAUGGACAACCGCAAGUCUUCCCAGGAAUGGAGCCUGGCUCGACUCACGGAAACUAUCACGAAGAGGGACCGCCGUCUUACUAUGACAACCAGGACUUUUCUGCCACCAACUGGGAUGACAAGAGCAUCCGCCAGGCCUUCAUCCGCAAGGUGUUCCUGGUGCUGACCCUGCAGCUGUCAGUGACUCUGUCCUCCGUGGCCGUGUUCACAUUCGUCGGGGAGGUGAAGGGCUUUGUCCGGAAAAACGUCUGGACCUACUACGUGUCCUACGCAUUUUUUUUCGUCUCCCUCAUCGUCCUCAGCUGCUGUGGGGAGUUCCGGCGAAAGCACCCAUGGAACCUCAUUGCUCUGUCAAUCCUCACCGUCAGCCUGUCGUACAUGGUGGGCAUGAUCGCCAGCUUCUACGACACCGAGGCCGUCAUCAUGGCUGUGGGCAUCACCACGGUGGUCUGCUUUACAGUGGUCAUCUUCUCCCUGCAGACCCGCUAUGACUUCACCUCCUGCAUGGGUGUGCUGCUGGUGAGCAUGGUGGUACUGCUGAUCUUCGCCAUCCUCUGCAUCUUCAUCCGCAACCGCAUCCUGGAGAUCGUCUACGCCUCCCUGGGCGCCCUGCUGUUCACCUGCUUCCUGGCUGUGGACACCCAGCUGCUGCUGGGGAACAAGCAACUGUCCCUGAGCCCUGAGGAGUACGUGUUUGCCGCCUUGAACCUGUACACGGACAUCAUCAACAUCUUCCUGUACAUCCUCACCAUCAUCGGCCGCGCCAAGGAGUAGCCCAGCCCCUGCUUAGGCAUAGGGCUGGCCUGGACCCUGCCCUGGCAUGGCAGUGCCAACCGAACCUCCCCUCUCUGGCCCCAGCCUGGGAGGGUUCCCGCCCCUCCUGUGUGUAUACUGCAGAUACUCCAUGUGGGCCCACUCUGCCCGCAGCACGGCCCCUUCCAGCCCCCCCCCCUCAGGGCCACCCCCGACCACUCACUGCUGCAUGAGCCCCACCUGCCAGCCCGCCCCAGGUCCUAGGGGAGAGGGAGUGAGCCAAGAGGUGAGGGUGCACGUCCCCCUCCCGUCCCGGCUCCCCUGCCUGGUAUAGACGCCCCUUGCCCCAGCCCCGGUGCCCUUCUGUGCCAAGGUCUCCUGCGCUGAGCCCGAGGCAGAGGCUGGAACCCCACACGGAGGACCCCUCCCUUUCCCUGCUGUCUCAAAACACCAAUAAAUGGGACCUUUCAUGCUCCGGCA